AUGGGGAAUGUAACAGCAAGUGUAGCUGCAAAAUUUGCAUUUUUUCCACCAGACCCACCAACAUAUGAAGUAUUUAAAGAUGAAGAAGAAAGUAGUAGGCUUUGUUUUAGUGGAAUAACAGCUGAUAAGAAUGUGAAUGUUCAUUUAUUGGAUACAAAAGGUGGUAAUAAAAUUGUAGCCACUUUUUGGAAACACCCAAAUGGGAGAUUUACUCUUCUUUAUUCUCAUGGAAAUGCUGCUGAUUUGGGACAAAUGGUUGAUCUUUUUGUUGAGCUUAGAGCUCACCUCUGUGUUAAUAUUAUGUG